AUGGCGGGGGCGCCGCGCGGCCAAGGCGGCGGCGGAGGCGCGGGCGAGCCCGGGGGCGCAGAGCGGGCGGCUGGGCCGGGCGGCCGGCGCGGGCUCCGGGCGUGUGGCGAGGAGUUCGCGUGCCCCGAGCUGGAGGCGCUGUUUCGCGGCUACACGCUGCGGCUGGAGCAGGCGGCCACGCUGAAGGCGCUGGCGGUGCUUAGCCUGCUGGCGGGCUCCCUGGCGCUGGCUGAACUGCUGGGCGCGCCGGGUCCCGCGCCUGGCCUCGCCAAGGGGUCUCACCCCGUGCACUGCAUCCUCUUUCUGGCGCUGUUCGUGGUCACCAAUGUCCGAUCCCUGCAGGUGUCCCAGCUGCAGCAGGUCGGUCAGCUGGCGCUGUUCUUCAGCCUCACCUUCGCGCUACUCUGCUGCCCCUUCGCGCUGGGUGGCCCGGCGAGGGGUUCUGCGGGAGGCGCAGUGGGAGCCGCGGUUGCUGAGCAGGGGGUUUGGCAACUCCUUUUGAUCACCUUCGUGUCCUAUGCCUUGCUGCCCGUGCGCAGCCUGCUGGUCAUCGGCUUCGGGCUUGUGGUGGCUGCCUCUCACUUACUGGUCACAGCCGCCUUGGUCCCUGCCAAGCGCCCACGUCUCUGGAGGACGCUUGGUGCCAAUGCCCUGCUCUUCGUGGGCGUGAACAUGUAUGGCGUCUUCGUGCGCAUCUUGACGGAGCGCUCACAGAGGAAGGCCUUUCUGCAGGCUCGAAGCUGCAUCGAGGACCGACUGCGGCUGGAGGAUGAGAACGAGAAGCAGGAGCGGCUGCUCAUGAGCCUCUUGCCCCGGAAUGUCGCCAUGGAGAUGAAGGAAGACUUCCUGAAGCCCCCUGAGAGGAUUUUCCACAAGAUUUACAUCCAGAGGCAUGACAACGUGAGCAUCCUGUUUGCAGACAUUGUGGGGUUCACAGGUCUGGCAUCCCAGUGCACGGCCCAGGAGCUGGUGAAACUGCUCAACGAACUCUUCGGCAAGUUCGACGAGUUAGCCACGGAAAACCACUGUCGCCGCAUCAAGAUCCUAGGGGACUGCUACUACUGUGUGUCAGGCCUCACCCAGCCCAAGACUGACCAUGCCCAUUGCUGUGUGGAGAUGGGACUUGACAUGAUCGAUACCAUCACAUCUGUGGCUGAGGCUACUGAAGUAGACCUGAACAUGCGUGUGGGGCUGCACACCGGCAGGGUGCUCUGUGGUGUCCUGGGCCUACGCAAGUGGCAGUACGAUGUGUGGUCCAAUGACGUGACCCUGGCCAAUGUCAUGGAGGCUGCUGGCUUACCUGGGAAGGUUCACAUCACAAAGACGACCCUCGCAUGCCUGAAUGGGGACUACGAGGUAGAGCCAGGACAUGGCCACGAGAGGAACACCUUCCUGAGAACCCACAACAUCGAGACCUUCUUUAUUGUGCCGUCCCAUCGGAGAAAGAUAUUUCCAGGCUUGAUUCUCUCCGAUAUAAAACCAGCCAAGAGGAUGAAGUUCAAGACUGUCUGCUACCUGCUGGUGCAGCUCAUGCAUUGCCGGAAAAUGUUCAAAGCGGAGAUCCCCUUCUCCAACGUCAUGACCUGCGAGGAUGAUGACAAGCGGAGGGCGUUGAGGACAGCCUCGGAGAAGCUCAGAAACCGUUCAUCUUUCUCUACCAACGUGGUCUACACCACUCCAGGCACACGUGUCAACAGGUACAUUAGCCGUCUUCUUGAAGCCCGCCAGACAGAGCUGGAGAUGGCAGAUCUGAACUUCUUCACCCUGAAGUACAAACACGCUGAACGAGAGCAAAAAUACCACCAGCUUCAGGAUGAGUACUUCACCAGCGCCGUUGUCCUCGCCCUCAUCCUGGCCGCCUUAUUUGGGCUUGUCUACCUUCUGAUAAUUCCACAGAGUGUGGUUGUCCUGCUGCUGCUGGUGUUUUCUAUCUGCUUUUUGGUGGCCUGUAUCCUGUACCUGCACAUCACGCGGGUCCAGUGUUUUCCAGGGUGCCUGACGAUCCAGAUCCGCACCGUUUUGUGUGUAUUCAUAGUGGUCUUAAUCUACUCAGUAGCCCUAGGAUGCGUGGUGGGCUGCCUGCCCUGGGCCUGGAGCUCCCAGUCCAACAGCUCCCUAGUGGUCCUUGCCGCUGGCGGCCGGCGUACUGUGCUGCCUGCCCCGCCCUGUGAGUCUGCGCACCACGCCCUGCUCUGCUGCCUGGUGGGCACCCUCCCACUAGCCAUAUUCCUGCGGGUGUCCUCCUUGCCAAAGAUGAUCCUGCUGUCUGGGCUGACAACAUCCUACAUCCUUGUUCUGGAGCUUAGUGGAUACACCAAGGUUGGGGGUGGUGCUCUCUCCGGGCGUAGCUAUGAGCCCAUCAUGGCUAUCUUGCUAUUCUCAUGCACACUGGCCCUGCACGCCAGGCAGGUGGAUGUCAGGCUGCGGCUGGACUACCUCUGGGCAGCACAGGCGGAAGAGGAGCGCGAUGACAUGGAGAGAGUGAAGCUGGACAACAAGAGGAUCCUCUUCAACCUCCUGCCGGCCCACGUGGCGCAGCACUUCCUCAUGUCCAAUCCCCGGAAUAUGGACCUCUAUUACCAGUCCUACUCCCAGGUGGGCGUCAUGUUCGCCUCCAUCCCCAACUUCAAUGACUUCUACAUCGAGCUGGACGGCAACAACAUGGGGGUCGAGUGCCUGCGGCUCCUCAACGAGAUCAUUGCCGACUUUGAUGAGCUCAUGGACAAGGACUUUUACAAGGACCUGGAGAAGAUCAAGACCAUUGGGAGCACCUAUAUGGCCGCCGUGGGGCUGGCGCCCACAGCUGGAACCAGAGCUAAGAAGUCCAUCUCUUCCCACCUGAGCACACUGGCAGACUUUGCCAUCGAUAUGUUUGACGUCCUGGAUGAAAUCAACUACCAGUCCUACAACGACUUCGUUCUCCGAGUUGGCAUCAACGUUGGCCCUGUGGUGGCUGGAGUGAUCGGCGCUCGCAGGCCCCAGUACGACAUCUGGGGAAACACAGUCAAUGUGGCCAGUCGGAUGGACAGCACUGGGGUCCAGGGUAGAAUCCAGGUGACCGAGGAGGUCCACCGGUUGCUGAAGAGGUGCUCAUACCAGUUUGUGUGCAGAGGCAAGGUCAGCGUCAAGGGCAAAGGAGAGAUGCUCACGUACUUCCUAGAAGGCAGGACUGAAGGAAACAGUUCCCAUGGCAGGACCUUUCGCCUGGAGCGGAGAUUGUGUCCUUAUGGGAGAGGUGGAGGCCAGCCCAGACGGCCCCCACUGUGUCCUGCAGCUGGACCCCCGAUCAGACCGGGGCUUCCUCCAGCCCCCACUAGUCAGCACCUGCCAUCCACAGCAGCAGGGAAGGAAGCCUAGUGGAGCCCAUGGGCCACUGGAGAUGCAUGCAACACAAGAGUGCUCCAGGGUGACACAAGCCACCGUGGCUCCAACCAAGACCAGCCAGAGGAGCAGUUGCCAAGCGACUUGGCUGGAGAAGAAGCAUCGUCUAGGUGUGGCCUGAGGCCAAUGGGAGAUGUGCCCAAGUCACCCACUUGGGGCAUACGGAGCCCUGUCUCUUCCUAGUGACCUGGUGAUGCCCGACUGUUGGGACCCUGGGAAUAUCUUCCACGGUCAUAGCAAAAACUAUGAAGGUCCAGCUGGCAGAGGAGCCCACCAUGACCGAGCCUCAAGUCAACCUGGUUUAUGGGUGGCUCCAGCCCUGGUGAGCCCUGGCUUAUGGGUGGCUCCAGCCCUCGUAGGCCCUGGCUUAUGGGUGGCUCCAGCCCUCGUAGGCCCUGGCUUAUGGGUAGUUCCAACCCUGGGUAGCAGUUUUGAGUGCCAGACUGGGAAGUUGGCCCCGCUGGGCAGGGCCACGACAGUUGAGCUCUUCAUACCACGGGCACAGCUUAGAGCUGGUCAGGUCUUGGACAGGACAGAACAGGAAGAAUUGAAAAGCCACCUCUUACUGCAUGAAGAGUAAUGUUGCUGGCUUUCCUCAAGAGUAGGCUUUUGCUAACAGCCAGAGGCAGGUCUUCUGGAAUCUUCCGGGUCCCUACAGCCCCACUUCUAGCCUCCUGGCCUGUGCAUUCUCUUCCAACCCCACCUGCCUGCUGGAUUCUGACUCCCGCGACAGUGGGCCCUCCUCUUCCUGUGCCAUCGCUACGCAUUCAGAGAAGAGGGGCGUAUGCUGACUUGCCUUCUCUGUGGUGUCUUGGACACUGUGAGUGUAACAAGAAUCAAGCCUUCGUUUAUGCUAAGAGUGGUUGACCACGCUACCCACAAGCACUUUCUUUGCUGGAAGACAUCGUUUCUCUGGUAUAACCAUUCCUCUUCUUGGGGGCUUCAGAGUUGGCAGAGUGUGUGUUCCUGAGUUUUGGGUGUGGUGUCCCUGCUCCAGAAUGAAGGGAAAGAGUGUCCCUGUUGACACGGGGUGGGGUGGGGGGGUCUCCCAUCUAUGCUUCCCUAUGUCUGCAGCUGAGGUGAAAACCGCAAGUGUGGGGGACAGGAGCCUGGAAGAGCUGCUGGGAAGUGACGGGCCAGAAAUAGCUGGAUGAGAUCUGGAGAUACGCAGCCUCACUCACAGGAAGGGAGGCAGCCUGCAAACAGAGCAGGUGGGCAUAGGCCCUGCCUGCCAUGGCUGUGGAGGCCCAUCUUCUCAUGCUCCCCAAGGGCUUUCUCCCUUCCUAGGGUCCUGUCUUCUUAGACUGAGGCAGAGCAAAGCCCAGCCUGCAGCGGCAGGGCGCAUAUGUGGGGUUCCUGGUCCUCAACUCUGCGCUGGCUCAAGUGUGUGGCCCUGCCGGGGCCUGGGUAGGUCAGCCAGCUAUCCCUGAAAGACUCAGGUCGCGUGUUGGUAGGAAGAAAGUGUCAAGCGAGGGAGAGCUGGAGGCUCCUGCAGAGUCUCCAAGCAUCUGAGACUGUAGACUGCCCUAUAGGCGCCCUCGGGUGGGCGUGGGACACCUGUAAAGACGGCACAUUCUCUCUGCGCUGGAGCCUGUGGUUGAUGCUAAAGGGAGCCUCUGGCACUGUCUGCAGAGGAGCUCUGUUGCCCUUCUAAUGAUGCCAGGCAGUGUGGCCAUCCUUCGCUGCCUUUCUGACACCCUACUCUGGCUAGACCCCAGAGCGGGGCCAGACCCACCUCAGCACCCCACUGCAGCCUUCAGGGCUGGAGAGCAGCUCACUUCACCCUCUUCCGGUGGUCAUGUCUGGUUCCGGGGACUUGGGAUUUGGGUAUAGCAUUGCUGGGGGAUGCUGACUCCAGUAGAGCAGAGGGCAGGGGAGAGUCUUUGCAUUUCUCCCAUGGUGCAGAAUUCCAUCAGAGAUUGCAUUUAUAGGGAAGUUUCAGACUGUUGGAGGGUGGGGCACUGAGGACAGAUUUCAUCUGAGCCAGAACCUGGCUAGGGCAGGCAACUCUCCGUAGCUCCCGCCUCCUGUCUGCUCUCUUGUUUGCCUAACCUUGGUACAAAUAGUUUCUUCCUGAUGGGCUUCAUUUUCACUAGAACUUUCUUACCUGUCUGUCUGUCUUAACCAGAUUUGAAGCAGUCAGAUUAGACAGGAGCACUCAGCAAGUGAGUACAUUGUGGCCCUGGUUCUGCGGGCUGUGAUGCUGUCCCCGGUCUUCUAGGCAGAAACCCUCGAGCAUGGCCUGGGUUUCCUCAGAGUGGCUUCUAGGCCUCCAGAACUGCUGUCUUUCUGGGCUGUCCAGGUAAUGGACAGAGGGUGGUUCUCAAAGAUGCUCACGUGAUAGCCCCAGGACCAGUGUGUUUGUUCUGUCAGUCAAGAAACUUCACAAGGGGUCUUAGGGUAGCUGCUGAAGGAUGAGAAGGAUCCUAGACUACACCAAUGGGGUUGGUGUGGACACAUGGGCUCUCAGAAGUCGACAGAAGGAUGGACAGGCUGAGAGAGGCAUGGAGCACACACUGAGGAGACCCAUGAGGACAGCACAGCUCCAGCCAAGCAAGAAGCCAGGAUGUCACUCCCACAACCACAGGGAACUGAAACUGGCCCUGAGUAAGCAGCAGGCAGAGCAUCAGAGCCAUCAGGGAGGAGCCCGGUGACACCCGGAUCUGACCUCUAAGACUCUGAGCAGAGCCAGCUGAGGGCAGUAGCACCGCACUCACACGGAGUGUGCAAAACGGAGGUUACAUGGGUGCUUGGGCAAAGCUACCCACAGCGUGAUUAGAGCAAGAGAAAGCAACCGUAGAGGGUGACAUUGCCUUCUCUGGGCACAGAACCGUUCUGAAGUAGACCACACAGGAGCCUUGGCUGGGUCUCUUCUUCAGGGGCGACAUCUCCAUCAUCAGCAGUUCCAACCCCACCUACUUCUUGUGAGGUCAGGAUCCACACCUGCAGCCAUAACGUUCCUCGGGGUUUGGUGAUAAAUGACUUUCUUUUUAUUUGUGAUAAAAAUGUAUUAUAUUGCCUUAUUUAUUUUUAAUCUUGUACAAUAUUCAUGUACAAAUGUUAGAGCCAUUUGGGUAGGAUUCUCUCCAAAUUAUUUAUUUUAAGAUGCUCUGUAAAUAGUGCACCAGUUACAGGUGCUUCCUGUUCACUUGUACCAAAAAUGAGGAAAAGCCUGGCACCCGUGUCAGCCCCUGCUUGUGAUGCUUUGGCCCUUGGGAAAUGACCCCUUUGUGUUCCCUUCUCAGCCCCAGCAUGCCUCCCGUGCCUGACAUCGUAGAAUAGAACACAGCCCCAGAAUGCUUCCAAAUGCUUCCACGGGCUGUGCCAACCUGGGACGGUCUAUACCUUCAGGUGUGUGUCCCCAUACAUCCAGCAACCCAGUUGUUUCUCAGACUCCAAAGCCACCAGGGCUUCCGGACCCCCUUCUGUCAUAGAAGCAAUAACCAUAACUCUAUACUGCAGAGACAAGUUUGGCCCAAGCAGAUUGAUACUUCGGAAUCUACCUGUGCAUGUGAGUUUGCUAUAAAGGACUGGCAUUCCAGAUCCCCACCCCUCCCAGAAGGCUCAGCUCUAGCUUCUUGAUUCCUAGAGCCAGGAUUGGUACCCCAGAUAUCUGAGCAGACUGAGCCAACCGACAGUCCUGGGCCCCACACUACUACUCACUAAGGGGUAAAGCUUAGGGCAGCCACAUUAUCCUGGAUCUGUACCCCUCGAAUCAUGAUGCUUUGUGUGACUGAGCGUAAUGGUUUCUUUCAGCUGUGUGAGCAUCAAAUAGAAAUGGUUUCUUUCAGCUGUGUGAGCAUCAAAUAGAAAUGGUUUGUUUCAGCGGUGUGAGCAUCAAAAGGUGACAUUUCCAGGCACUUGCGGAAUGCCAUUUAAAGAAAACGGUGCCAUAUUCAAGGCUGCACUUCUCACCCUUAUCAGUGCCAUCCUGGUGGGAGAAGAGCUCUGUGUUGGAGCGGGCCAUCCCUGAGCGUAUAAGAGGAAAGGGCUAGGAGGGGAGCCCUGACUAGCAUCGAGGAUUCAGGCUGUGGGCUCAGCUGGCAGAUGUGAUUAGCCUCCAGAGACUUCACAUUUUAUUCAUGUGCAGUCUGAAGGACACUUGUACCAUAACAAGCACUGACAGCAACCCGCAGAGGCUGUGUGAACGGCUAGCUUCAGUGGACUGGGUACGAGGCGAGCAGUUUGGAUUGCGGAAUUAGGGAAGGCUUCAUUUCAGUCGCCCAGCCAUCACCAUUUUCAACAAGGUAAGUUCUAGGGCUCCCCACGUCACAGGCAUCUUAUUCCCAGCCCGUACAGAGCUUCAGUCAGUGGGCGUUGGGGGUGGGGGUUACAGAGCAAGUGUGUGUCUUUCACAGCAAGCAAGCAGUAGCAGGGAAAGAACGUUUCUACAUGUCCUGCUCUCGCAUCAGCACCACGAGAGGCUGCAGAAGCGAUGCUGAUGUAUUACUCUCUGAAAUGGCUAUACAUAGGUGACCCCCAGAAACGGACUUGCUCAUGCUUUUCAGUGGCUCCACUUUUAGUGUGCUCUCCCAUGCACACAUUUAUGUGCGUGUGCACACACAGGCACAUAUAAACAUAGAAAAAAAAAA